GGUGAACUUGUGGAUACAGACAUACUGUCAUCAAGUGAGUCUACAAGCUCACGGUCCUCCUGGCCAGCUGUGUUUCAUGUACCUAAGUUCUCCUAUGACACAGAGUUAAAACUUCAGCAGGCAGGUUUAGUUUACAUUCAAAAUGGCACUGCACUUAUUCCAGAUCCCAAGUUGAAGUCAGCUAUUCUUGUUGGAUUAGUGCAGCAAAUUGUGCAGUAUAAAGUGUAUGUCACUGAUAAGGAGAUGGAACAGGUAGCCCAGAGUCUCAUCAAGAGACAUGCAUGUUUAACUGAGAAGGGCUCCAGCACUGGAUGUGGUGGAUGGAAAAUGAGUUUAAAAUAUAAACUGUCUAACUAUCGCACACAUCUGAGAAAACUUGGAUGCCCAGAAGUGACGGUGAACUCCAUAAAAAACAAACCUGCUGGAAAGCACAGUGCAGCUUUUGGCAUCAAAAAGGCAAAGAGAGCAGAAGUUAAUUUUUGCCCAACAUACCCAUCAGCAGAAACUGAGGAGAGUCUAGAAGCCAUGCGGAAAGCUUUACUCUUGGAUGUAAGGAAGAGGAACAACCGAGAGGUUGUCAAGCUCAACAUGGAAAAGACUUUCGCAUUGAGAAGACAUGAGGUUGUUCGUGAUGCACCGAUGGUGGAUGGUUUCAUGGCGAGAUGGCCUGCUUUGUUUGAAGUCAGUGAGAUCAACGCUGAAUUCAAGAGAAUCACGACUGUACCACUUCAGUCCAAGUUCUUUUCUCAGGUGGACCUCCACACUGACAACUUGACAAGGCUGUUCCAGAAGAGAGGAGGACAGCUAGGUGAACGGCUCAAAAGAAUCACUGCACAAAUUGCCAAUUGUGAUGAUGUAGAUGCUGGACGAGAGUGCAUCAUUAAAGGAGCGUCUACAUGGGCGAAGAUCCAGAUAACCUCCUACAGGAAUAUGUGAGCCUGGAUCAGAACACGAUCAACAAGGCCAUUGAAGACACUACAGUUGGUAUAUAUGUUGUCAAAGAACAUGCUUCAAGUGAUGAAGCAGAGGACAUUGGCAUUGUUCUUGAAGGCAUCAAGGUGUUACAAAACCUUGAUAAUGUAGCAUUAGGUGUUGCUGUUUUAUUUGGAUUGAUGUAUGCGCUGAACCUCAGCUAUCCUGCUGACCUCCGCUACACUUUUGAGGUAAUUCAAAAGAUCUGGAUGGAACUGGAUCGAGGGAAACUUUCCAACAGAGCACUUGCUCUGAAAAACAGGCUCCAUCAGUGAACAGUUCAGACUGGAUUGACUGCACUUUUUUUAAGUUUUGUUUCUCAGUGACAAGUUUAUGCAGGAUUUAUUGCUUUUUGUUUACAAACCUGUUACUGUUAUUAUGUUCUAUUUGCUCUUGAGGAUGCACUGGAUGCUCAAGCUCACAUUAUAUUUUUGAAUGUACUGUGAUAGGUUCAGAUUGUUAUCUGCUGUGAACCUGGUACUCUGAAAAAAGUUAGAUUAUUUGUAAGAUGAAUCCAUUGCACUUUAUGCAGAAUUUACUUUUAAUUCAUUUUUGUUGUGAAUUUACUGUGAAAACUGUUUUUGU